GAAUCGCUCUCGUUCGUAAAGCACCCCAAUUCUGCAACCUGAGACUUGAGAUGGACCCUCGCACGGUGCUUAUAACGGGAUGCUCCUCUGGAAUUGGACUAGCGCUGGCCACCAAGCUAGCCAACGACGAGCAGCAGAGAUUUAAGGUCAUCGCCACCAUGCGGAAUCUGGCAAAGCGCGGCGCGCUGGAGGAGGCAGCCGGGGCCGCCCUUAACAGAACGCUGGAGAUUAAGGAGCUGGAUGUCUGCAGCGAAAGCUCCAUCCGGAAAUGUGUGGACAGUGUCCCGGACAGACGUGUAGACAUUCUCAUUAAUAAUGCCGGCGUCGGGCUUGUCGGACCCUUGGAGUGCCACUCGAUGCACGAUAUGGAAAGGGUCUUUGAAACCAAUUUCUUCGGGGUGGUAAGAAUAAUUAAAGAGGUCCUACCGGACAUGAAGAGGAGGAGAAGGGGCCACAUUGUGGUUAUAAGCAGUGUUAUGGGACUGCAAGGCAUCAUGUUCAAUGAUAUAUACUCUGCUUCCAAGUUUGCCGUUGAAGGGUUCUGUGAAAGUUUGGUCUCCCAGGCUCUGAAAUUCAAUAUUUUCAUUACGCUCAUCGAGCCGGGUCCUGUGAACACAGAGUUUGAAUUGAAAACCUACGAGGAUGCCAUGCGCGGUGAUUACUCGAAGACAGACCCCGAAACGGCAGAUAUGUUCACUAACUACUAUUUGAAGAAUUCCAAAGCAAUUUUUUCCAGCUUGGGACAAUCUCCAGAAGAUAUCGCAGAGCAUGUCCUACGUGUUGUCACCACGGAGGUGCCACCUUUUCGUCACCAGACUAACCAGGUUUACACACCUCUGACUGCUCUCAAGUAUGCGGAUCCGAGCGGAGAACUGAUGACCGAUGUCUUUUACAAGAUGGUCUUUGAACACGACACCCUCAUGCAGGCCAGUCUCCGAGCGAUCAAAGUGCUGCGCUGGAAAGCCAACAAAGUGCAACAGGGAGCAAGGAUAUUGGGUUUUAUGUAG